GUGAAUUGGUGUUUAUAUUAACAUUUCCAUUUCUGCACAACGCAACAUUAUAUGAUGUGGUGUGUAAGUCUAUUUGCUGCAUCCCUUUUGCUCGUAGCAAAUGCUAACCAAGUAUGUUAUACACACAUUGGAUGCUUUAGUAAUUCUGCGCCAUUCUGGAACACUUUCGGUACGCUUCCACUCUCUCCAAAUCACAUUGCAACCACAUUCCAUCUGUAUACUCGAGCCAACCCAACCAACGGUCAACUUCUGGAUCCAAAUGGAACUGGAGCGUCUAUAAAAUCUACACACUUCAAUGGUGCGCACAGGACAGUGUUUAUCAUACAUGGUUUUCAUGGAGAAGAAGACAAUAAUUGGAUAAAACUUAUGACAAGUGCUCUCGUAAAAAAUUUUAAUGUGAAUGUGAUCGUUGUGGUUUGGACAAAAGGAGCUUAUGAUAAAUAUAACCAAGCUGUAGCAAACACUCGUGUUGUGGGUGCCAUUACUGCUAACAUGGUCAAAUUGCUACACACUUCCGGUGGUCUGACGUUGAACCAUGUACAUUUAGUUGGUCACAGUUUAGGUGCUCAUAUUGCUGGUUAUGUUGGUGAGAACAUUCCAGGCAUAGGUAGAAUAACAGGUUUAGACCCGGCUGGUCCAGAAUUUAAUCGUGCGGAUCAAAAUGUAAGGUUGGACUCUUCGGAUGCUACAUUUGUCGAUGUCAUUCAUUCAGACGCAAUUUUUGGAUUCCAACAUCGUAUGGGGCAUGCAGAUUUUUAUCCAAAUGGAGGGAAAAGCCAGCCUGGAUGUGCUUUUGACCCAAUAGCACCUUUCUACAGUUGUGGUCACAUGAGAGCAGUUUACUACUUCAUUGAAUCAGUAAGUUCAGACUGCCAUUUUACGUCACAUCCAUGCAAUAGUGAGGAAGAUUUUAAGAAUGGGCACUGUGCUCAUUGUGGAAAAGGCUGUCAAGAGAUGGGUUAUAACUUGUCACUUUAUGCACGUGGAACUUUCUACCUUAGGACAAAUUGGCAUUAUCCCUAUUGUGCGGGUUCACAUUAAAACUAUUGUUUAAUUUCUUUUGUUUUCUUUCUGAAAACGUGAUU